AAUGGUGUAGUUGCAGGUUGAACGAAGGGCGAAACAGCGAACAAGAAUCACUCAAAACGGCAAAUGCCAUUAUUUCAGCCUCGCUGUGCCGUGUUGGUCUACAUUUCCCACGUACGGCAGGCUUGGAUCGAGACACGUCUUCAUUGAUUUUACGGUUACAGUCGAUUCUAGAUUCCCGAUCACGGGCAUUGGCACGAUGGGCAAGGUGAAAAAAGGGGAGUCGAUGGCUAAGACACAGCAGGAGAGCAAUGGGAAGCCGAAAGCUGGUACUUGGACGUAUUCAGAGUGGUCUACGCGCGACCCGCCAAUGCUGACGAUCAUAUUGACAUACUUCCAGUACACUAUCUUUGCUUUGAUCGGCUAUGUUGAAGACUGGUUAGCUAGUAUUGGUGUGCUGAAAGUGCCCACGAUAUCCGAGCAUGGCAAUAAGGGGUUUGUGCCGCUCUACAAUGAUUUUGAAAAUUUCUACAUGCGUCACCACUAUCGCCGUAUUCGUGACUGUUGGGAUCGGCCGAUAUGCAGCGAGCCCGGUGCUGAGUUUGACGUGGUCAGUCGGAUAUCGCCCGACCAUAACUACUCUUUCCAGAUGUCGAAGAAGACGACACAUGCUAUCAACCUCGGCUCGUACAAUUACCUGGGCUUUGCGCAGAAAAGUGGCCCGUGCGCUGAUGCUGUGGAGACGCAGACACGAGAGUAUGGCUCAGGGGUGUGCAGUACUCGCCAUGAGCUCGGUAACUUGGCCUUGCAUGAAGAGCUGGAAGGCCUGGUGGCACGGUACCUUGGCAAGGAGGCUGCCAUGAUUUUCGGCAUGGGUUUCGCGACGAACUCCAUGAACAUGCCUGCGCUGGUGGGAAAGGGCUCUCUGAUCCUCAGCGACAAGCUGAAUCACACAUCACUGGUGCUGGGAUCGCGCCUGUCCGGGGCACGCAUUGAAGUCUAUGAGCAUAAUGACAUGAAGAGUCUUGAGGCAAAGCUGCGUGAGGCCAUCUCGACUGGCCAGCCGCGUACUCAUCGACCAUGGAAGAAGAUUCUCAUCGUUGUUGAGGGCAUCUACAGUAUGGAAGGAACAAUUUGCAACUUGCCGGAGAUCAUUCGCUUGAAGAAGAAAUACAAGGCAUAUCUUUACUUGGAUGAAGCACACAGUAUUGGUGCGUGCGGUCCUACAGGCCGUGGCGUGACCGAGCUAUUGGGCGUGGAUGUGAAUGAUGUCGACAUCAUGAUGGGAACGUUCACCAAGAGUUUUGGCGCCAGCGGUGGUUACCUGGCUGCUACACGGAAAAUCAUCAAUCACUUGCGUAAGAACUCGCACAGCGGUGUGUACGCAUCGUCCAUGUCCGUGCCGGUCAUUCAGCAAGUACUCUCGUCCAUGCGGAUCAUCAUGGGAGAGGAUGGUACCAACGAAGGUCAGAAGCGACUGAACUCCCUUGCUGAGAACACACUGUAUUUCCGCAAGCGCCUGAAGGAGAUGGGCUUCAUCAUUUAUGGCAACGAGAACUCUCCAGUCGUGCCUCUGCUUCUCUACAUUCCCACUGUCAUCGGCGCUUUUUCACGGGACUGCUUAGAGCAUGGGAUCGGUGUUGUUGUGGUCGGCUUCCCUGCCACGCCUAUCAUCGAGUCGCGCGCACGCUUCUGCUUAUCUGCCGCUCACACACGGGAGAUGCUUGACAGGACCUUGGCUGUCGUGCAGGACGUUUGUGACAAUCUCACUCUUUCCAACUUUAAACCACCACCAAGCAGUCAAUAACUUAGCAUGUUCUAAGCUCUGUGUUGCCUACGCUGUUCCAGUCUGGCAGGGUCCAACUGCCGGCUAAGCUUGUCCUGUUUCCUCCCUAUCUAUGUGUACCCUCCUUCCCCGUGAACCAUCCACAUUGAUAUGUUCACCAAAUCAGCUUCCGCUUACUAGUAUUCUUGUAUCCUAGCGUGUACAUACUUUUUAUUUUAUUUUAUUUUUUAAUAUUCUCCUUUUGUUAAAGAUAGCGUUUUAACUACUUGUGUUCCAAGCUGUUUUUGUUGUGGCUUUUCAUCACUCUUUAGGCUUUGUUUAGACAGCACUAUUUUUAACAUUAAUUUUUUUACCAAUAGCACUAGUACUAGCCUGAGCUGAGCCAGCUGGCAUUGAAUAUAAUUAUAGAAAUGCCCAAAAAUAGCCGACUGGUGUUUUUUAUGCAUUGCCAUUGGUGGGAAGUGCUGACAUAAUGUGCAGUUGAUGCAUGAAUGCUAGUCCAAUGCUUCACUCUGAAAUAUAUGUGUGGUCACGUGUGUUUGUGCUCUUUGAGAAUAUAAUCCAAUGUGAAA